AUGGAGGAAGCGGAGAGAGGCGGCUGGGCGGUGCCGCUCGCAGUGCGGGAGCUCAUCGCUGGCGGGGUCGCCGGUGGUGUUGCCAAGUGCGCUGUCGCGCCGCUUGAGCGCGUCAAGAUCCUCCUCCAGACUAGAAGAGCGGAAUUCCGUGGGUCUGGUUUGGUUGGAUCGUUUUGGACAAUCUAUCGGACAGAAGGCCCCUUAGGGUUUUACAGGGGCAAUGGUGCCAGCGUUGCUAGGAUUGUUCCUUAUGCAGCUUUGCAUUACAUGGCAUACGAAGAGUAUCGCCGAUGGAUCAUUCAUGGUUUUCCUAAUGUUCAACAAGGGCCUGUUCUUGAUCUAGUGGCUGGAUCAAUAGCUGGAGGAACAGCAGUCCUGUCCACAUAUCCGCUUGAUCUGGUUCGCACGAAGUUGGCUUAUCAGCUGCAGGUCAAAGGUGCAGUGAACCUCAGUUUAAGAGAAUCUAAGCCCUCCGAACAGGUUUACAAAGGGAUCCUUGAUUGUUUGAAAACAAUUUACAGGCAAAAUGGCUUGAAAGGUCUAUACCGUGGCAUGGCUCCAUCAUUAUAUGGAAUCUUCCCUUAUUCCGGUCUUAAAUUCUAUUUCUAUGAGAAGAUGAAGACUCAUGUUCCUGAAGAGCACAGAAAAGAUAUUAUACCAAAACUUGCUUGUGGGUCAGUUGCUGGUUUGUUAGGACAGACAAUAACGUAUCCCCUUGAUGUUGUUAGGCGGCAAAUGCAGGUUCAGGCGCUCUCAUCGUCCAACCAAGUGAAGGGGAAAGAAACAUUUAGAAGCCUUGCUAUGAUAGUGAAACAUCAAGGUUGGAAGCAACUGUUUUCAGGACUAUCUAUCAACUAUUUGAAGGUUGUCCCGUCGGCAGCCCUAGGGUUUACUGUGUACGAUUCCAUGAGGGAUUGGCUUAAUGUUCCAUCUAGAGAGCAAGCGCCUGUGGUUGUCCCUGUGUUGUCAGAAGACGGAAGUGAUGCUGCCCCUGUUCACUCCAGUUAG